AUAUUUAUCUGGAAGUCCUUCAGUUCCACAAAAACACGAUACGCACGAACCGCAUACAAUCUCACCUCCUUUUCUCCUCUACGAGGCACAAAGCAAAUAAAACUCAUCGGUUUCUCUCUCUCCAAGCAAACUGCUAAACAAACCCUAACCCACUGCCAAAUCCACAUCUCAGAGCUACAGGGAGAGAGAGAGAGUAACCAUGGAAGGCCAAGAGGGUUCACAACAACCACAGCUCAUCCUCGCCAACAAGCUGUUCCUUCUCACUCACCCAGACGUCGCCGACAUCGAGAAAGUACGCCUCCGUCAAGAGGUCUUGGACUCCGUCAUAGCCGACGAUAUGUCGCCGCUGUACGAAACCCUAGCAUCAAACUCGGUGCUUGAUUUGGAUCAGACUGUAUUGGCCUCGAUGCGCGCCAAGAUCGAUGAACAGCUCAAGACGCUCGAUGAGAAGAUUGCCGAUGCUGAAGAAAACUUAGGAGAGAGUGAAGUUAGAGAAGCUCAUUUAGCUAAGUCCUUGUUUUACAUACGGAUUGCCGACAAGGAGAAGGCUCUGGAACAACUCAAGGUAACAGAAAGCAAGACAGUUGCAGUUGGGCAAAAGAUGGACUUGGUUUUCUAUACACUGCAGCUUGGUUUUUUCUACAUGGAUUUCGAUCUUAUUUCCAAGAGCAUUGAGAAAGCAAAAAAGUUGUUUGAGGAGGGAGGUGAUUGGGAGAGGAAGAACCGUCUGAAGGUGUAUGAAGGCUUGUAUUUCAUGUCUACUCGAAAUUUCAAGCAGGCCACUGAUCUGUUUCUUGAUUCUAUCUCAACUUUCACAACUUAUGAAAUCUUCCCGUACGACACCUUCAUAUUUUACACAGUCCUUACCAGCAUCAUAUCAUUGGAUAGAGUUUCCUUGAAACAGAAGGUAGUUGAUGCUCCAGAGAUCUUGACUGUGAUUGGGAAAAUUCCACAUCUGUCCGAAUUUUUAAACUCUCUUUAUGAUUGUCAAUACAAGUCAUUUUUCUCCGCAUUUGCUGGCCUGACGGAGCAAAUAAAGUUGGAUCGGUAUUUGCAUCCUCACUUCCGGUAUUACAUGAGGGAGGUCAGGACCGUUGUGUAUUCCCAGUUCUUGGAGUCGUAUAAAAGUGUCACCAUUGAAGCAAUGGCAAAAGCUUUUGGAGUAACGGUGGAAUUCAUUGAUUUGGAGUUGUCGCGAUUUAUCGCUGCAGGGAAGCUUCACUGCAAGAUUGACAAAGUUGCCGGUGUUUUGGAAACGAACCGCCCAGAUGCAAAGAAUGCUCUUUACCAAGCAACUAUCAAGCAAGGGGACUUCCUACUGAACCGGAUUCAAAAGCUUUCUCGUGUAAUUGAUCUUUGAAUUUAGGUAAGGAUUUGUCAUGUUGGAAACAUUGCGGCCCUAGAUUUCUUGCUGCUUCGUGCAGCAUUCAGCAUCUCUGAUUUUAUUGUAUUCUAAACUGUUCUUUGAAAUUGUCAAAGUUGUUGAACUCCUAUUACGCAAGGAUCAAGGAGGUAUUGAACUUUUA